CUUAAAGUCCUUGAUUUAUCAUGGAAUGAAGGUCUCACUAGCUUCACUUUUAUAUCAAAUUGGAGUAUCUCACUCAGUUACUUGUCACUUUCUUGGACUAAAAUUCCGAUUUAUUUAGAAAAUGAAUUCUUCAAGAAUAUGAAGUUGUUGCAAGAACUGGAACUCAAUAGUUGCAAUUUUAUAGAGUCUAAUCUUGAAUUGUUUGGUAAUUUAUCCAAACUCAUCAAAUUGGAUCUUGCAGAGAAUAAUUUCAGUGGCCCAAUUCCAUCCUCAAUUGGAAAACUUGAAAAACUCUAUUGGUUGGACCUUUCUGGACAAUAAUUUUAGUGGCCCAAUUCCUCCCUCAUUUGCAAACCUUAGCCAGCUCUCCUAUUUACUUAUGGAAAGCGACAAUAUCAAUGGUCCAAUUCCAUCUUUCAUUGGAAACUGUAACCAACUCCAAGUGUUGGACCUUUCAUACAAUAAUUUUAUUGGCCCAAUUCCUCCCUCAUUUGCAAACCUUAGCCAGCUCAUCGAUUUAUAUAUGGGAAGCAACAAUAUCAAUGGUCCAAUUCCAUCUUUCAUUGGAAACUGUAACCAACUCAAAGGUUUGGACCUUUCAUACAAUAAUUUUAGUGGUCCAAUUCCUUCAGAUCAAUUCAAAUAUAAUAAUACAUUAUACUAUGUUGAUCUGAGCCAUAACAAGUUGUCUGGCAUAGUUCCAAGCUCAAUUUUCAAUCAGGUGGACUUGAGGUUUUUCAUUCUUUCAUCAAAUGAGAAAUUGACAGGAGAAAUUCCUUCUACAGUUUGUGAGUUAAAAUACCUCGAAAUCCUUGACCUGUCGAGUAACAAUUUCAGUGGUCCCAUUCCACAAUGUUUGGGAAACUUCAGCAGUAGCCUUUCAGCAUUACAUCUGGGUAUGAACAACUUUAAUGGAGUUCUCCCUCAAGUAUUUUCAAAAUGCAGUAACGUGAGAUAUUUGAAUUUCAAUGGCAACCAACUGCAAGGGAAAAUCCCAACGUCUAUUUCCAAUUGUAAAGAUUUGGAAGUUUUAGAUGUGGGCAACAAUGAGAUAGAGGACACAUUCCCUUCUUUUCUACAAACUCUUCAAAAGUUGCAGAUUCUACAGCUCUCCAAUAGACUCCAUGGUUUGGUGAAAAGCCACUCCAUUGCCAACUAUCCGUUUCCCAAGCUACGGAUUUUUGACCUCUCCAACAACAAUUUCAGUGGACCUUUGCUUUCAUAUUAUUUCAAUAAUUUCGAUGCGAUGAUCAAUGUUGAUCUUGAUCAGAAUAUGACAUACAUGGGAUCACCAAACUACCCCUAUUAUGAUUAUUCUGUGAGCUUGACAUUGAAAGGAUUGGAAAUUGAGUUGGUGGAAAUCCAAACUCUUUUAACAACCAUUAAUUUGUCAGGUAAUAACUUCACAGGGAAAAUUCCCAAGUCAGUUGGAAAGCUUAAAGCACUUAAGCAACUCAACAUGUCUCAUAAUCAUCUCACAGGCAAUAUUGAACCAUCAAUAGGAAAUUUGACCAAUCUGGAAACUUUGGACCUCUCUUCAAAUAAUCUUACUGGAAGGACUGGAAGGAUUCCGAUCCAAUUGGCAACUUUGACAUCCCUCGAAGUAUUUCGAGUUUCGCAUAAUCAACUUGAAGGACCCAUACCUACAGGCCCUCAGUUCAACACAUUUGAUAAUAGCUCGUAUGAAGGAAACACAAGACUGUGUGGAUUUCCACUGCAAAAGGCUUGUAAUUCUGGUGAAAGGCAACAAGUUACGAGCCCAUCAGGCGAAGAAGAUUCAAACUCUGAUGAAAAUGGAUUUGGAUGGAAAUCUGUUUUCACGGGAUAUGCAUUUGGAGUAGUGUUUGGUCUCGCAAUGGGAUAUCUUGUGUUCAGAACAAGAAAACCUGCUUGGUUGGUGAAGCUGAUUGAAGGUGAAGGACAUCCAAGGCUCAAAAGAAGUAUCAACAACACCUGCAUAUCUUACCAAAGAAAAAGAAGAAGAAAUUAGUGAACGGAAUUGCUUUCUGAAGGUAAAUCAAAUGAUUAAUAAGCAGAUGGUGCAUUUGCAUGCGAAGUGGAAAGAAGAGAUCUCUUCUGUUGCACCAGAAUCAAAUGCGCUACUUGGAACAUCUACAAUAAAGCUGUUUUCAAUUUUUGAAGCUAUAAUUU